AUGAGUGCCCCCUUGCUCCACUGCCCAGCUUGCGACCACGGCAACCCAUUCGCCAACGUCACUUGUGACGACUGCGGUGACAAGCUGCCGGAUUCGGCGCAGAAGCUUCAGACGCUCCGCAAGCGCAUCGACUUUUUCGGCCGCACGAUCGAAAAGACGACCGUCGUCACUGACGCGUUGAACGAGAAGCGCGCCGUCGCCUCGAGUCUACUUGAUGCGGUUCGCGAUCUCUGCCGCCAGGUCGGCGUGGUCCCAUCCGUCGACUUCGCUGAGUCGUCGGCGCUGAUGGUAACACCCGCCCCAGCCCUGCCCUCGACCGACGGCAUGAGCGACGUUGAGACGAUCGAGGCGUACAUUCAACACAUCAUCCAACUCGGUGCCGUGACCAAAGCCGCCAAGGCGCUGCACCCCAAAGCAAGCGAGGCGUUGGCGGUUGAGGUCGCCAAAGUGGCGACCCUCAUGACCGAGAUGAAGAUGCUGCAGAGCCAGCUGUGUGACCAGCAGCCACAAGUCGAGGACGAGCCUGAGAUGCCUGAACCUCGCCGAUUUGUCGAGCCAACGGCGGCCCUUCCCAAGAUUCCAGUCAUUGACGCGUCGGACUUUAAGCAUGCCAAGAUGCUCGUCAACGGCCAGACCUUCCGCAUCGACUGCGGCGUCGUCGACAGUCACCCACUCGUGCGCAAGAAGUUUUUCAGCAACACUCCCGACCAUGACGCCAUCCAUCAGUUUCAAGGCCACAUGGAGCUCACCGCCUCGCUUGGCGGCGCCGACGGCACCAUCAUGACGCUGGCCGGCGUGUCGGGUGUCAACACGCAAGCACCGGCCCUGUACUUUCCCUACAUGGCGUACGGCAACCUCCGCGACCUGCUGCAGAAGACCAAAAGUCAACGCUUGCCUUUGCAGACGCGGCUCCGCAUGGCCAUCAGCGUCACAAAGGCUGUCUCCAAGAUGCACGCUCUUGGCUUCAUGCACCGCGACGUCAGCGCUCUGCAUGUGCUCGUGGACGGCGACUACGCAGCCAAGCUUCUCAUGAGCACGAGCAGCCGCGAGCUCUCGGGGGGCUUGAUGACGGUGGGCGUCGGCCCGGUCAUGUCGUCGGCCCCCGAGACGCUUCGGUCCGACGUUACCUUUGAAGGCCGGGCCAACUACUCGGAGAAGGCCGAUAUUUACUCGCUUGGUCUCCUCCUCAUCGAGCUCGACACGCACGACCUUCCGUACGCCCACAAGAAGGACCGCAACGGACGACAAAUCAACGACUCGAUGCUCACAGCGCUCCUUAGCUCCGGCAAGGACGGCGACGACAUCUUCAAGCACAAAUUCCACUCGAGCCCCAGCUGGUUCCAAGCGCUCGCGCUUGAGUGCGUGUCGGUGGAUCCGGAGGCGCGCCCUUCCGCGGCGGAGGUGCUCCGUCGUCUCCAAGACCACGUCGAUGCACCAGGCGUCGCAUCUCUCUCCACGAUGGCGCCCAUCGGUGUCAACGUUCGCGUUCUCAAAGCCAGCAACCUCGCUGAAGUUCAAAGCUUUGGCGUGCAAGAUGUCAUGUGCAAGCUAGCGGUCGGCAUGACCAAGCACACGACGUCAACGUGCCGCGGUAAGCAAGGAGCAUCGCCUUCGUGGCCCACCGACUCGAUAUUCUUCUUUCCCGCGGUGCACCUCCUCGACAUGACGAUCGAGGUCAACCUCCUCACGAGUGACUCGUGGUUCUUUGGCAAGCAGAUUGGCCGCGCGCAGCUCUCGCUGGCCGAUGCGAUCUUGGCCGACACAAAGCAACUCCAAGAGGUCAAAGUGUACACCAAUGGCGCUGUGCAGGGCAGCUUGUAUGUCGUGGUGCAUUUCACGGGCGGUCUCCUCCACUGGAUCAGCGCGUACAUUGAAGACAUGACGACAUACCUCCAUAGCAUCCGUGGCACCACGUCGCGCAGCGAUGAGAUUCGAUCCAAGCUCUCGACCGCCAUCAUCAUUCGUGACAAGCUCUUUCAUAAGGGCAUCUAA